AUGGAGAAGCAAUGUAAAAAGACGAUCACUUGGACGAUUAAGAAGUUACCCCUUUUGCGAUCAGAAGAAAUUCAUUCUGAUCAGUUCGUCCUUGGUGGAUGCAAAUGGUUUCUUGGUGCCGUUCGCGACUUAGAUGAUCGCUUAUUCAUGUUUUUGGAAGUCGCUGAUCAUGAAUCAUUGCCUUCUGGGUGGAGUAUACAUGCCCGAUAUGUCGUAAUUAUGACAUACCAGAAAUUACGCCUGCCUAUUAGUAUUGGAUGGAAAAUGCUCAAUGUGACUCCUUCGGUACUACCUUCCGGACAAAAUGGAACACAAAGGUGGUUUGAUGAGAAGUGUCCUCACUGUGUAAUUAAUUUUCCCCUGCAUAAAUUUGCUGAAGACAGCGGAUUUCUCGUGAAAGGAGAGAUCAAAAUUGUUGCGGAGGUGGAGGUUCUUGAAGUUAUUGGCAAAUUAGAUGUAUCAGAGAAAACUUCAACAAUAAUGGAAACCGUGGGUGGCUUUCAACUUCACUCUUCACAGGUGGAAUUUGCGAGUCAUAUGUUUGAAAGACACCCUGAGAUUGCUUCUGAGUUCCGUCCAAAGAACCCAACUCUGAGGACAGGUUACAUGAGUUUGCUAAUUAGUCUGAUCGAGACUCUUCGCCAUUCGCCUCACAAGCUCCACCAGUCUGAUAUCGCUGAGGCAUAUGCUGCAUUGCGACCCUUGACUGACGCUGGAUUCAAGUUGGAUUGGUUGGAGAAGAAACUCGAUGAGAUAUCGACAAAGAAGGAGAAAGAGGAAGCUGGUGAGACUCGGGUGCAAGAAAUUGAGGAAGAGCUGAAAGAUUUGAAACACAAGUGCUCAGAUCUCGAAGCUCAGUUGGAGAAGGAGAAAGCAGAGGUUUCGGAUGCAAAAUCACCAGUCUCAUUCGAUGAUGUUAUCUGA